UCAACGCCGUCGUUAUUUCCUGAGGACAAUAAUGCCGCACACCUGUGUCCAAUCAGGCCAGGUGCUCCCGCACACCUGUGUCCAGUCAGGCCAGGUGCUCCCGCACACCUGUGUCCAAUCAGGUGAGGCCUUAAAAGGAGUGGUGAGGCAGCAGCUGCUGUGAGGAUGAGGAGCAACAUGAGGUCACGGGUGUUGCUGCUGCUGCUGCUGCUGAAACAUGUCACAGCGUCUGACAGCCGCAGGACGUCUGAGCGUCUUGCAGGUCUCCGAGGUUCUCCUCGGUCUGGACCUCCUGCAGCUCACCUCGGUUCUGGGCACCCUGCUGGUGUCUUCCAGGACCUGCAGUCUGCUCUGGACGCUGGAGGUCCUCGUCAGUCCUCUGGUGGCCGUGUAGGUGGUUACCUUCCUGCAGGACCUUUGCCCUAUGAGGCUCAAGCAGGAAGUGCCUCUUUAUAUGGCGGUGCAGGAAGUACCCCCUUAUAUGGUCGAUCAGGAAGUUUACCCUAUGAAGGUCGUGCAGGAAGUGCCCCCCCAUAUGGUGGUGCAGGGAGUUCACCCUUAUAUGGUCGAGCAGGAAGUCUUCCCUAUAAAAGCCAAGCAGAAAGUGUGCCCUUAUAUGGUCGAGCAGAAAGUGCACCCUUAUAUGGUCGAGCAGGAAGUCUUCCCUAUAGAAGCCAAGCAGAAAGUGCGCCCUUAUAUGGUCGAGCAGGAAGUCUUCCCUAUAGAAGCCAAGCAGAAAGUGCGCCCUUAUAUGGUCGAGCAGGAAGUCUUCCCUAUAGAAGCCAAGCAGAAAGUGCGCCCUUAUAUGGUCGAGCAGGCAAUUUACCCUAUGAAAGACAAGCAGGAAGUGCACCCUCAUAUGGUCAAGCAGGAAGUGCUCCCUUAUAUGGUGGAUCAGGAAGUUCUGACUAUGAAAGACAAGCAGGAAGUGUUCCCUUAUAUGGUCGUGCUGCAGCACAGCUGCCCCCAAAGGCCAGCUUGGCCCCGCAGCAGCACCAGCGAGGACCCAGGUUGGGCGCCGAGUCGUCCCCUCCACGCCAACAGGAAGCGGUGGUGGUUUCCAGCGGCGGGAUCCAGAUGGUCGCCACUGAGCCGGCGCCACCCGGGCACAGAGCCGAGCCGCUGCAGAACUCGGAGCGAGUGCCGCCAGCAGGGUGGCCCUCCAGGUACCGGGCCAGACCACUUGGGGAGUCCACAUCCGCAGAGGCGUGGAAGAGGUCCGGGAAAGUCCGGGGCUCCUGGUUGUCAUAGCGACACCUGCCAGGUGACUUUGGUCUCAAGUCUUCACCUUUUUUUUAAAAGCUCAAAUAAAAGAUUCAGAUUA